CUGAACCAAAAACCCUAAACACGACCCUUCUUCUCUCUCACUCUCUCGUCUCUUCUCUCAUCCCUCUGAAAUCAAAAUCAAACGCGAACAGAAAAAGAACAAAACCCAAAACCUCCCAUUCGUUUGAAAAUCGAUCUGCCUCUUUCCUCUCUUUUCCUCGUGUUGGUGACAAGGAGAGAAGAACGAUGACAACGGCGGCGAAAUCGAGGGCCUUCGACGUCGACGAUGGUGUUGACUGCGCCGAUGAAGAUUAUCGGCUUCAGGGAAAAUAGGGAAAACGAAUGGCGACGGCUCUGGGUAUUACCGGCGGCGAGGGUUGACGAGGGAAGGAAUGGCUAGCGAGAAGAAGAGUCACCGCCGGCAAGCUCUGGUGACAGUGCCGCCCGUUGACUCGUCAGAGGGUUUUUGUUCUUCGCUCUCUGUUUGUUCAGAAAAGGAAAGCGGGGAAGAAGAAAGAAGAAGAGAAGUCCUCUCCCGUCCGAGGGGGAAAGGAAGUCUAUGGUUUUUGCAGAGUUCUUUUUCUCUGUGUCUGGACAAGAAAAGAGGAGGAAGAAGUGGAGAGGGCAAGGCCCUCUGUUCUUCAUUUAUGGUCGUGUGUUUUGUGGAGGAAGGGAGUUUCCAGGAAGAAGAGGUGGAAGAAGAAGGAGAAGAGAAGAUGAUA